CAUUUCUCAGGAGGGUGAGGUUCCACCACUGGAUAUAUGAGACCUUCAGGAGCAGGCUCCAAGAAGAGUGUCUUAGGAGCAUCUUCUGGGUGUCAUUCCACCAUGAAGCUUACCGCCACCUUCCUAGUGUUCUGUGUGGCUCUGCUCAGUGACUCUGGUAUUGCUUUCUUCAUGAACUCAGUGGGCAAAUCUGUGGUGGAACCCGUGGCUGACCUUGCCCCAGCUGCAGAGGCUGUGGCCAGGGCUGUACCCAGUCUACCAUUAAGCCACUUAAGCAUCCUGAGGUUCAUCCUGACCAGCCUGGGAGUUCCACUGGAUGCCCUCAUAGAAGGUUCCAGGAAAUGUGUCACUGAGCUGGGCCCUGAGGCUGUAGGGGCUGUGAAGACACUGCUGGUAAUAUGGGCAUCCUGCAUGGCUCUCCCUCCCUGUGGGGCCCUGACAGCAUUCGGGUGAGGUGAGCCUGCAAUGACUCUGCCUGACAAGAUGGACUCUUCAAGGAGACACGGAAACCCUAGUGCUUGCAACUAACCGUUACCUUAAUAAACAUGGUGACAGCA